GAGGCGGCUGCUGCUGCUGCUGCGAGGAGGGCUGGCCUCACGGUAAUGACUGGAGUCAGGUAACCACCGCUGGACAGACCGACUCUAUUCCUCCUCACGGACGGGUUCAGGCACGGAGGGAGGCGGUGAGAGCGGCUUUCCGGGACGGUUUCACGUUUUUUUUUUAAACAAAUGCCGCGACCUUCCCUCUAAAACAAACUUUACAGAGCUGUAAAAGUUUGAUAAAAGUAACUACGCGUGGCCCGCCGUUCAUGAGACGAGCGUUGUGUGUUUUUUGGGGGGGCUUGCUUAUCGCGGAGGCUACUCAGGUGUUCACCUACACGGGGAAGUUUGUGUCGUAUUUUAUCCUCCUCGCCACAUCAUUCAUUUAGGUGGAAGGAGGAUUUCUCUCCCUCUCUUUUUGUCGCGUGUCCAGUAUCUCUCCACUUUUCCUACUUGGUUUCGUUUUCCUCCUGCAGUGUAUUGGACCUAAAAUAUCAAGUAGCCAACGUUGAACAGGUGCCAGAAUGGAUGAGGCGGACAAGUACAAACAGCGACUGGAGGCCAUUGCUGAGAAGCGUCGGCUGCAGGAGGAGCAGGACAGAGCCAGGAGAGAAAUGGAGGAUGAGAAGCUCAGACUACAGCAGCUCAAGAGGAAGUCUCUGAGAGACCAGUGGCUGAUGGAAGGACCUCCCUUGUCCCCGACCUCCCCGACCUCCACGGACACCCAGAACCCUCGCUCGCCUCUGUGGGGCUCCCAGGCCCAGGAGAUCGAAAAGCACAUUGACAAGUUGCAGUCCAAGAGCCAGCGGUUGGCAGAGGAGGAAGAGAAGCUGAGGGAACAGAUGGAAGACGGCCAAACGGAGGCAGUGAAAAUGGCAGAGGCUGGAGCAGAAAAAGUCCAUGAUGCUGUUGUGCAGAAUGGAGAAGACGACGCAACAGGAUUGGAAAUAACAACUAUAGAUGAAGUGAAGACAAACCAAAACCCCCUAGAGGAUGUAACUGCAGCUGUCCUAACAAAUGGUGAAGGAGACUCAGAGGCACACAUUAACCCUGAUGCUUCAGAGCAGAGUAAUCAGUCCACCACCAACGGACCAGUUUUAGCCUCUGAGGGUGUUGUUAGCAUGAAGUUGGCACCAGAGUUGAGCACGGGUGUUUCUGAGGCAGAGCCUGGUCAGGUUCCAAAUGUCAACAUUAAUGAGGAGGAGGAUGAAGGGACUCUGGUGAUGAGAGCAGAACGUGUGAUCAUCACAGAUGAAGGGGAUGAUAUACCUGAGGAUGUUACGCCCCAGGAAGAUCAGCAAGAAACCAUUCAGUCAGAGGAAUCCCCUCUGCUGAAUCCAGAAGCAAGCCAAGGCCAAGAGGUAGGGGAGGCUGUGGAGGAGGUAGUAAAAACAGAAACAACUCCAGAUACAUUCACACAACCAGAGAAGAGUGAGGCAACUGAACCCACUGCAGAGGCACAGCCAGCACCCGCUGAUGGAGACGUGCAGGGUGGCGUAAAGACGAACGAAAACUGCGAUGAACAGGACAAGCGAUCAGAAGAUCCAACCUCUGUGCAGGUGCAGUCCCAGGCCAAUCCUCUAGAGGACACUACAGUGGCUGCGGUGCCAGUCUACUCUCAGUCCGCUCUCACCCUCGAGCUAGAGGCUGAGGGUGCAGCUGCUACGUCACCAGAGGGAGCUGAGGCGGCAUUAAAAGCCCAAGACCCUGCCACUGUGUCUGGCCAGUUCCAGGAGGUGCCCCUGGCUGAUCCUACGGACAACCAGAGGACAGAGGCAGGGCCGGGGGAGCAGGAACCCCUUCUUUCGCAGGCCAAAGCCCCCGACACCCGUGCAGAGUCAGCAGCAGCUAACAGCCCCGCCAGCACAGAGACACACAUCGCAACCAGGGCUAACCAGGGAGAGGAAACGGAGGCACCCAAUCGCAAAACCUGCCAGUGCUGCUCUGUUAUGUAAAUACCGCUGUACAUUGACUUCCUCUCUCCCUCUUCAGCCUGCCAGUAUAUUUCAGUCUGUCUCUUUGCUGUUCAAUUCACAACACGCUCCUUCCCUCGUCUCUUUGUUUUUUUGCGCCCAUCCCCAUAUCGAUGUGUCCACAAGCUACUUCCCUCCCCUCCCCUCCCCUCUGCCCUCACUGCUUGUAUUCAUCUUGAAACCUCCUCAUCCCACUCAUGAGUUUUGAUUCUCCAAGAGAAAGUGAGCUCCCUCCAAUGUGAAGACACAGGAGGUAUGGACUGGACUUGUCAGUGUUUAAGUGCCUUGAGGAGUUCUCUAGCCAGGACUACACUUUUAAAUUCUCUUCACACAAUGUGGACCAAAAUAUGAGGCGUGUUUUUUGUUUUUGUUCUUUUUUCUUUCUUUUUUUUUUUUUACAGUUUGAUUACACUGAUCGGUUUUAUUUCAUUUUGCUGGUUAGCAGAUGAGCCAGCCAAUCUAUAUAGGAUCACACAACCCACAUAUUAGAUGCAGUUAAGCAAACUAAAGCAGAGUAAAGAUGUAUUAUUUUAAACUGUUGUGUCUACAUGUAUAAUUCAUUGGGUAAAUUUCAUCAUCUAAAUAUGAGAUUUAACUGGAAAAUUCCAAAGAUCUGGAGAGUUUAAGAGAGGAUAUUGUUCUAAUUUAAUGACUUUAAAGCUGGAAUAUUUUAUUGAUUUUGGUCUUUUAUUAGAGAUAUUUUUAAUCCAUAUAGGGCCUGAAAAUUUGUAUUCAUUCUGUAAUACAGUUUUUGACAAUACAGACUAAUAGUAUGAAAUGGUCUAAUUUAUAAACAACAGCUUGCACCACUGAAUAUUUUGUGGCUGUUGUCAGUUUUAAAAGAGCAAUUAUUUUGAAAUACCUAGAAGUAUGAAUUUUGUAUUUUGACCAGAUGAGCUUGUGAAGAGAAGCUCCAGGGCUCCUGACGAAGCUCUGUGCAUGGAUGUAUAUACUGUAUACAGAAAAAUGUGGAACUGAGAGUGUCUGAGAUGUCAGCUUUGAAAUGAUUGAUGAAUGAUUUAAUGAUUAAACUGACA